CGUUGAUGGCAAAAUGGGCGUCUCCCGUAUCAUCGUUCCUAUAAAGGGGUCCGUAACCUCAUAGAAGAAUCGAGGCGGGAAUGACCAUCGCGACUACGCGGCCGCCAUAGCUACGCAAAAAAGGCUUACCCCAAACAGCCUGCAAGAAACAAGUUGCCAGCCUUCGCAGAGCUCAUCGUUUGCACAUCGUCUGGCAAUCGCUCCUCUCCGACACUACCCAACACAGUCUUCGCACAAAUGUUCCGUAACUUGUCGACGGCCGUCAGGCCCUUGUCCUCCUCAUGCCUGCGGGCAACUGCCCUUCGCUCGACGGCGGUUCCUGUCCGUGCGUUCGGAACUACCGAAGAGAAGCAGUUCAUUCCUGCUCCCGGAGGCCAAUUCAAGCCUGGAACCGUUUACGGCGGACAGCAUACCAUCACCCUCAUUCCUGGUGACGGUAUUGGUAUGGAGAUGGCUACCGCCGUUAAGACUAUCUUUGGAGCGGCGGAGGUCCCAAUUGAGUGGGAGCAGUUCGACCUGAGUGGAUACACCAAGAAGGACGAGGUUCUGCUGAAGCAGGCUAUGGACUCCAUCAGGAGAAACAAGGUUGCCCUGAAGGGUAUCCUGUACACACCUGUGUCCAGGCUGGGACACAGCUCCCUCAACGUCUUCCUGCGCAAGGACUUGGACAUCUUCGCCUCUACAUCCAUCAUCCAAAACCUCCCCGGAAGCUGGCCAACACGCCACAAGAACGUCAACUUCACCAUCAUCCGUGAGAACACCGAAGGAGAAUACUCCGGUCUGGAACACACGCCCGUUCCCGGUGUUGUUGAGUCGUUGAAGGUUGUCACCCGCGCGAAGACCGAGCGUAUCGCAAAGUACGCUUUCGACUUUGCGUUGAAGAAUGGGCGGAAGAAGGUUACCGCUAUUCACAAGGCCAACAUUAUGAAGCUCGGAGACGGUCUUUUCUUGAACACCUGCCGGGAAGUCGCAAAGCAAUACGAGAGCUACGGAAUUGAGUUCAAGGACAUGAUCGUUGACAAUGCGUCUAUGCAGCUGGUGUCCAAGCCAUCGCAAUUCGAUGUUAUUGUCUGCGGUAACUUGUAUGGUAACAUUCUUUCCAACGUCGGCGCUGCCAUCGUCGGUGGACCCGGUCUCGUUCCCGGUGCCAACUUCGGCACACACUACGCCGUCUUCGAGCCUGGAUGCCGUCACGUCGGAAAGGACAUCCAAGGACGUAACCAGGCAAACCCUACCGCUCUGUUGCUGAGUGCCAUCCAUAUGUUGCGUCACUUGCACCUCCAUCAGCACGCUGACAGGAUCUCGGCGGCGCUCAACAAGGUGAUCACGGAGAGCAAGGUCCUGACCCCCGACUUGGGCGGUAAGAACACAACCACGGAUUUCACCAAGGCCGUCAUUGCCAACUUGUAAGCACCUCCACUACCACACGUCAAACCAACCCCUCCACACUCUAUCCCGGGCGAAGCAUCCCAGCCUCGGCACAACUACAGAACUGUUUCGCAUAGAUGAGU